ACCAACAUAUGUCAAGAUGUACGUCAAAGUUUGUACGAAAAAAUGUCAAUAUGAUUUUUAAGUGUCUAAUAUUGAACCUCCUUUGGAAGUAUACAUUUUCGGAAUACACAUUCGAUAUUAAAUAUUCAGAUGUGCCCGUCGAUCACUUCACAAUACAAAACAAAACUUUCAAAUUGAGAUACCUGAUAAACGGCGAUUAUCACGUGAAGGGUGGACCCGUAUUUCUUUACACCGGCAAUGAAGGAAAUAUUUUCAUGUUUGCCCAAAACACGGGCUUCAUGUUCGAUAUUGCACCAGUUUUCAACGCCCUCGUAGUGUUUAUCGAACAUCGGUAUUACGGGGAGUCCCUGCCAUUUGGAAACCAGUCGAACACCCCGGAAAACCUAAGAUUUCUAACCAGCUCCCAAGCACUAGCGGAUUAUGUCCAUGUUAUCGAGGAGUUGAGAAAAACCUACUUUGCUACAAUUCUCACCAACGACACUCUUCCAGUUGUAUCGUUCGGCGGAUCAUACGGAGGUAUGUUGGCGGCGUGGCUGAGGAUGAAGUAUCCCACGUCAGUGAUCGGUGCGAUAGCUUCUUCAGCUCCGAUUUGGUAUUUUCGAAAUAUGAUACCGUGUGAGAAGUUUUAUGAGAUCGUCACCGGCGUAUUCGAGAAGUUUGGAACUGCACAGUGCACUAAUAUUAUCAAAGCUUCAUGGGAAAUCCUCAGGAACGUCACCAAAACAAAUUCAGGGAUGAAACAUUUAUAUGAAACUUGGAGAAUAUGCGAAACAUUCGGUAACGCUACAGAUGUGGAAAAGCUCGUAGACUGGUUGAGCGAUAUAUACGUCAACAUGGCCAUGACGAACUACCAUUAUCCAACCAACUUCAUUGUGCCACUUCCAGCGUAUCCCGUGAAAACAUUCUGCGACAAACUCGUUAGUUUGAACUCCACAGACCCAUUGAGUACUUUAGCGAAUUUAGGAAAAGCUCUGACAGUGUACACCAACUACACCGGAAGCACACUGUGCAACAGUAUCAACUCAACAUCAAAGUAUCUGGGAGAAUACACGUGGGACUACCAAGCUUGCACGGAACUUGUGAUGCCAAUAUGUUCCACGAACAAAGACAUGUUCGAAACACAACCUUGGGAUGAAAAAAAGUACUCGGAAGAGUGUUCCAAAAAAUACGGAGUCAGUAAUUCGAGGCCAGACUGGAUAGUUUCGGAAUAUGGAGGAAAAAAUUUGAAAUAUUUCUCCAACAUUGUUUUCAGCAAUGGAAUGAUGGAUCCCUGGUCAUGUGGUGGAGUGACUACUAAUAUUUCAUCCAACAUUUGGGCGGUGAAUAUAACGGACGGGGUACAUCACAGCGAUCUCAGAAGUGCCGAUCCUGCCGACACCAACUACGUAAUCGAAGCUAGAAAAUUCCAUGUAAAGUCUAUCAAAAAAUGGUUGAACAUGUUUUGAAUAAAGUCUAUACAUCAUGUGAA